AAAACAGAUAUCCUUUUCGACUGCUGCGGUAAAGGCUGGAAGAGAAAUAAAAAUGGCGGACGACAGUAAUGAUAACACUACGGCGUCUUCAUCUAACGGUGAAGUCGUAGCUACUGAUGCUGCGGCUACCAACGAAAAUACACAAGUCCAACAAAAUGGGCAAAAUGCUGAAAAUCAACAACCUAGGCCUGGCGGAUGGGCGAUAUUUAAAUCUUUGUUAUUCCGAAUGUUCAUCAUGUAUAUGAUAGCCAGUUUUUUUAGACGCCCUCAACAACAACAAGAGCCUCAAAAAGGUCCUGAUGGCAAACCUAUGCCAUCUUAUGGACCAGCAACGAACAUGUUUCCCAAAGGAUUGGCUUUGGAUUUGUAUGCUUAUUUAUCGGAGUCAGAAGUUUUUGAUGACUUCAAACCUGAAUCAUUAUUCUGGUUGGAAGAGGAGCUUGAGUAUGGAGAUUGGACUAGUGGUUUGACGAAAGAUGGAACCUAUAUUAAAGACGGAAAGAUAAAGGCCACUCCCACUAUUCAAAACAACGGCUCCAUAUAUUUGCAUGUUUUCAUCGUUAAGGCGGGUAAUUCACCUGAUCCCAGAGAUUCUAGUUACGAUAAAAAAUUUACUAUCAAGAAAACCAAGCGAUUGAAUAAAUUUAAGAAAAGGAAAUUUGUCCAAACGGUAAAUCUUCUAACUGGAAAAAGCGAUGCUCAUCCUGAUUUAAUUAGAGCUCAAAAUGAAUCAAAAUAUGAAAUUCUUUCCCACUGGCAUCCAAAUCUUACUAUUAACCUAGUUGAUGAUCAUACAGCCUGGACUAGGGGAGCCGUACCAGCUCCCUUAGAUGAAUUUAUCGAAUUUCAUCCGACUGUUAAUCAGUACUAUCCUGUUGUAUAUUUAAAUGAUUAUUGGAAUAUGAACAAUGAAUAUUUUCCCCUUAAUGACACAAUCAAAGAAUUGAACUUUUCAUUAACAUUCGCUCCAAUGUCACUAUUUAAAUGGCAGAUUUAUGCUGCUCAAUCGAUGAGAAAUAAAUGGUAUAGUUUCAUGUCAGAUAUGAAUGAUGGGGACGAUGAAGAUCAAGACUCAUUGAAACAAACUUUAAUCGAAACUAAUCCGUAUCUUUUAGCUUUAACUGUUGUUGUUUCACUAGUUCAUAGUGUUUUUGAAUUUUUGGCUUUUAAAAAUGAUAUUCAAUUUUGGAAAAAUAGGAAAUCUUUAGAAGGACUCUCUGUUCGAUCAGUAUUUUUCAAUGUGUUUCAGUCAUUAAUAGUCUGUUUAUAUGUACUUGACAACGAAACAAAUUUUGUUGUCAAGGUAUCAGUUUUUAUUGGAUUAGCUAUUGAGGUUUGGAAAAUUGGUAAAGUUGUAAAUGUCAAAUUUGACCGGACAAACAAGCUAUUAGGAAUUAUACCAAAACCAUACUAUGAAGAUAAGUCAACUUAUACAGAGUCAAACACCAAGCGUUAUGAUCAAGUAAGAUUUGUAUAUUAACAUUUUUUUUACUGAAGUGUGUGUACUUUCAGUUGGCGUUCAAAUACUUAUCGUGGGCUUUAUUUCCCAUGCUUGGAUGCUAUGCUGUUUAUUCAGUUUUGUAUCAAGAACACAAAGGCUGGUACUCAUGGGUAUUAUCUAUGUUGUAUGGAUUUCUUCUGACUUUUGGCUUUAUUAUGAUGACUCCUCAACUUUUUAUAAACUACAAGUUGAAGAGUGUAGCUCAUUUACCAUGGAGAACAUUCACUUAUAAAGCCCUAAAUACUUUCAUUGAUGACAUUUUUGCAUUCGUUAUUCGUAUGCCAACUCUUUAUCGUCUAGGCUGUUUCAGAGAUGAUAUCAUCUUUCUCAUCUUCUUAUAUCAAAGAUGGAUUUAUAAAGUAGACCCGAAGAGGGUUAAUGAAUUUGGAACUAGCCAAGAGAUGUUAGAUAAUCCAGAUGCCCAAAAUGCCAUAGAUAAUAACGGAGAAAAUGAAGCAAAUGGCGAAGAUAAAUCGGAAACUGAGAAGAAGAAUGACUAAUCUGUUCAAAAAAUAUUUAUGAAAUUUCCC